CUGGCCCAGUGGGUGUGCUGCAGCAGGACACUGGGCAGAGCUGGUGAGGAGGCAGCCGUGACAUCGGGGUCCCUGCAGGGAACCCUGCACCCCCAGUUCCUCUGCAUCCCCUUGGCAUCGCUGCCGGGCAUCCUGGCGGGGCACAAGAGGGAUUCUGGGGGUGUGCAGAUGCUCUAGGGGGCCCUGGGGCCGAGUUUGGGCCAUGUUAACAUUGGCCCCCCUACGUCUGCUGCGUGAGCCCUGGAACACCAGCGAGGGCAACCAGAGCAAUGCCACAGCCGGGGCCAGCAGUGGCUGGUGCCAGGGGCUCAGCAUCCCCAAUGAGCUGUUCCUCACACUGGGGCUGGUGAGCCUGGUGGAGAACCUGCUGGUGGUGGUCGCCAUCCUGAAGAACAGGAACCUGCACUCGCCCACAUACUACUUCAUCUGCUGCCUGGCGGUGUCCGACAUGCUGGUGAGCAUCAGCAACCUGGUGGAGAUGCUCUUCAUGCUGCUGAUGGAGCACGGCGUGCUGGUGAUCCACACCAGCAUCGUCCGCCACAUGGACAACAUCAUCGACAUGCUCAUCUGCAUCUCCGUCGUGUCCUCCCUGUCCUUCCUGGGGGUCAUUGCCGUGGACCGGUACAUCACCAUCUUCUAUGCCCUGCGCUACCACAGCAUCAUGACUCUGCAGAGGGCUGUGGUGACCAUGGCCAGCAUCUGGCUCGCCAGCACUGUCUCCAGCACCGUCUUCAUCACCUACUCCCACAACACCACCAUCCUCCUCUGCCUCAUCAGCUUCUUCCUCUUCAUGCUGGUCCUCAUGCUGGUGCUCUACAUCCACAUGUUUGCCCUGGCCCGACACCAUCUGCACAGCAUCUCCAGCCAGCAGAAGCAGCCUGCCGUCUACCGCGGCAGCAGCCUCAAAGGAGCCGUCACCCUCACCAUCCUCCUGGGCGUCUUCUUCAUCUGCUGGGGCCCUUUCUUCUUCCACCUCAUCCUCAUCGUCACCUGCCCCACCAACCCCUUCUGCACCUGCUUUUUCAGCUACUUCAACCUCUUCCUCAUACUCAUUAUCUGCAACUCUGUCAUUGACCCCCUCAUCUAUGCCUUCCGGAGCCAGGAGCUCCGGCGGACGCUGCAGGAGAUGCUGCUGUGCUCCUGCGGCCCCGGGUGCGGGGUCCCCCCCGCCGGUACCGGGGUCCCCGUGCGGGGCGGGGCGGGGCGGGGCGGGCGGCGGUGCCGGUGCCGCAGCGCUGCGGCGGCGGCCGCCCAUUGGUUGCGGGGCGGCGGUGACGUCAGCGCCCGGCCCGGUGCGGCGCGAGGCUCCUAUAAAGGAGGCGGCGGCUGCGGGGCCGCCCCCCGCGCUCCCGGUGCUGCUCCCGGUGCUGCUCCCGGUGCUGCUCCCGGUGCUGCUCCCGUCCUGCUCCGACCCGGCCGCGCCAUGAGGGAGAUCGUGCACAUCCAAGCGGGGCAAUGCGGAAACCAGAUCGGUGCCAAGUUCUGGGAGGUGAUCAGCGACGAACACGGCAUCGACCCCAGCGGUAACUACGUGGGUGACUCGGACCUGCAGCUGGAGCGCAUCAGCGUCUACUACAAUGAGGCCUCCUCUCACAAGUAUGUGCCUCGCGCCAUCCUGGUUGACCUGGAGCCAGGGACGAUGGACAGUGUUCGCUCCGGCGCCUUCGGACACCUCUUCCGCCCUGACAACUUCAUCUUUGGGCAGAGCGGGGCCGGCAACAACUGGGCCAAGGGACACUACACGGAGGGUGCUGAGCUGGUGGAUUCGGUGCUGGACGUGGUGAGGAAGGAGUGUGAGAACUGCGACUGCCUGCAGGGCUUCCAGCUGACCCAUUCCCUGGGUGGUGGCACCGGCUCCGGCAUGGGCACCCUCCUCAUCAGCAAGGUGCGGGAGGAGUAUCCCGACCGCAUCAUGAACACUUUCAGUGUGGUGCCGUCACCAAAGGUGUCGGACACGGUGGUGGAGCCGUACAACGCCACGCUGUCCAUCCACCAGCUGGUGGAGAACACGGAUGAGACCUACUGCAUCGAUAACGAAGCUCUCUAUGACAUCUGCUUCCGCACCCUCAAACUGGCCACCCCCACCUACGGCGACCUCAACCACCUGGUGUCAGCCACCAUGAGCGGUGUCACCACCUCCCUGCGGUUCCCCGGUCAGCUCAACGCCGACCUCCGUAAGCUGGCGGUCAAUAUGGUGCCGUUCCCGCGGCUGCACUUCUUCAUGCCGGGCUUUGCGCCGCUGACGGCGCGGGGUAGCCAACAGUACCGCGCGCUGACGGUACCGGAGCUCACACAGCAGAUGUUCGACGCCAAGAACAUGAUGGCCGCGUGCGACCCGCGCCACGGCCGGUACCUCACCGUGGCCACCGUGUUCCGCGGCCGCAUGUCCAUGAAGGAGGUGGACGAGCAGAUGUUGGCCAUCCAGAGCAAGAACAGCUCCUACUUCGUGGAGUGGAUCCCCAACAACGUGAAGGUGGCUGUGUGCGACAUCCCCCCCCGCGGGCUGAAGAUGUCCUCCACCUUCAUCGGCAACAGCACCGCCAUCCAGGAGCUGUUCAAGCGCAUCUCGGAGCAGUUCACCGCCAUGUUCCGGCGUAAAGCCUUCCUGCACUGGUACACGGGGGAAGGGAUGGACGAGAUGGAGUUCACCGAGGCCGAGAGCAACAUGAACGACCUGGUGUCCGAGUACCAGCAGUACCAGGAUGCCACAGCCGAGGAGGAAGGGGAGAUGUAUGAGGAUGAUGAGGAGGAGUCAGAGGCACAGGGCACCAAGUGAUGCUCUCUGCCCCCCGCAGCCCCCCCAUUGCUGCCCCCCCGGCUCCCCCCUUCGGUGUCUCCGGACCCCAUCCCCCCCCCCGGAGC